AUGUCGAAAGAAAAUCCUCAAAAACAGAAAAGUGAUGAAAUUAGCAAUAAUAAUAUUGAUGAGUCGAAAUUAAGUACAUUAACAAAAAUCGGGUAUGGUUGUGGACACGUGCUUAAUGAUUUAUUUGCAACAGUGUGGUUCUCUUAUACAUUAUUAUUCUUAAAAUAUGUCGUGCUAAUGCCAACCGAAGCUGGCUCAUUUAUGAUGCUGGGUCAAUUAACCGACGCUUUUUUCUCUGCUAUAGUUGGCUUCUUGACAGAUCUGUACGGUACGAAAAGAAACUGGCAUUUCAUCGGUUCCAUAAUUGUUUGUCUAUCAUUUCCAAUGAUAUUCGUAAUGCAACGGGAUGUGCUUCCAUAUUGGGCAAAAAUAUUCUAUUUUUCUGCUGUGAUUGCAUUAUUUCAAUGUGGAUGGGCGACAGUGCAAAUUUCACAUCUUUCCAUUAUACCAGAAUAUUCAAACAGUGAGAAAGAGCGAUCAGAAUUAAAUGCUGUACGAUUCAGCAUGUCAAUUCUGUCAAAUAUAACCGUUUUUGUCAUUGCAUUUGUGUUUUUGCAUAUUCGAGAUAAACAUGCCGAUGAGAUUGGUCCUGGAGACUUUGAUAAGUUUCGUAACAUAACAUUACUUCUAACGCUGAUUGGAAUCGUCGCAACAAUUUUAUUCUACGUUUCAUUAUCAUACGGCAAAUACAGCGAACGUAUAAAAGAGAAAAAUGCAUUACCAUUGAAUAGUGUUGAAGAUCUAUCGGGUAAAAAGACAUCAAUUCGAAUAAUGAAUGUGCUAACGAAUAUAGAAUUAUAUAAAGUAGCAUUUGUGUACACAUUCUCACGUUUAUUUCUACUGAUUUGUAUAAUUUAUAUACCCAUUUGGUUAAACGAGUUGAUGAAAUUGAAAACUGGUCAAACGAUAGAGAACAUUGCCAUCAUUCCUCUAACAUUUUUUGCAUCAUCAUUUGUUGUUGCUGUUCUACUUAAAUUUAUUAAUCAAAACAUAUCACAAAAUAUCAUUUAUUCAAUUGGAUCACUUAUAUCCAUAUUUGGAUGCAUCAUAAUUGCGCUCCCUAUCGACAUAAAAGUUAUUGAACUUCUUGGGAUUGCAACAUUGCUUGGAGCAGGAAGUUCAAUCACACAAGUCAGCAGUAUGUGUAUCGUAUCUAAUUUUAUUGGCAGUAAAUGUGAGAAUGGAGGACUCGUCUACUCUAUUGUGACUGUUUGUGAUAAAAUAUUCUCGGGUAUUAUUAUCUUUAUUAUAGAAAUUAUAGGCAAGCAAUCUUCCUAUUACACGGGAGUUUUGGCAAUAAAUGGAAUUAUGCCUGUUUUAGGAUUAUUGGUGCUAUUUAGUAUAAGGAAAUUAUAG